AUGAGGUCCUUUCUUACAAAUCUCGUCGCGCUCUUCUUGGGCGCUGCGCUCUUCAAGUACUAUGGCACCAGCAAAUCUCCUGCCGUCGACCCUGUGCCAACCCCAUCCGUGAUGGAAGCCUCUGUCUUGGCACCCGUCCAACCACCGAAACCAAGCCCAGCUGAUGCGCAACUCAAAGCCGUCAUCCAAGACGCUGGAAUGAUCAAAGUUACUGUCCUUGACUCAAUUUCUUACAAUGCUACAGGUGGAGUCACCUCUCUUGCAGAAUCAGAUGGGCGCAGGCUUCAGUGUGCCGAAUCUGUUACAUUGACCAAGAACUGCUACGCGCCUGGAGAAGCAAUUGGUGCUGAUUUCGUCAUUUGUGGCGAUGUUGCUGGAGAGUGGGGUGGUAUUCAUUCUCCUGGCGACCAGGGUUUUCAAGCAGCGCUCAAGUGGCAGUUUCUUACCGGUCCAGGACGAUACUUUUUCACAAGUUCCAAUCAAGGUUCAGUUCCAGUGGGCACCAAUUUGGCCCAAGCUACAGGCUACCGAAUCUUUUACCAUACCACUGAAGGAGGUUCAAUUGGAUCAGCAGAAUUCGCUGUCCAAUCGAGCUGUGCCUCUUCUUGCACCAAUUCGAUUUCAAUCCAACAACCGUGCUAUAACCCUGGUGUUCAACAAGUGAUCAUCCAAAUUCCGGCCGCCGAACCUGGAGAUCUGAUUGAACUGUUUGACGACAAUUCCGGUUUCAGGAUGGCUUCAUUUGCACCCCAAACUGGAGCGACAGCUCUUGGAUUCGGCCCGAUUGAUUGGCCCCGUGGAACUUACAAAUUCGUAUACGAGAAGGCAAAUUGUGACCCAACUGAGGCAGUUUUUACCGUGCAAGACAUUUGCCCAUCAGGAGUAGGAGUGCCACCAACACCACCGCCAAACCCUCUUCCAACCCCGCCGCCAGCACCACUUCCAACACCACCACCGGUCACAUCAUGCACCCAUUCGAUUUCCGUUGAUCAGACCUGUUGGGGUCUGGGUCAGACCAUCACUGCGACUAUCCAAACUUGCGGUAAUGCUGUGGAGUGGGCAGGUAUUUGGAAUGCCGGGACCCCGGAUUUCCGCGCUUCUCUCAACUGGCAGUACCUCUGUGGUAAUCAGCACUGCGCUUCUAGGGUGAAUUCUGGGGCCUACCGAAUUUCCUUCAAUUCUGCAACUGCUGGAUCCAUCAAUUGGCCUCUGCCUGCUGGAAGGACCUACGAAUUCUAUUUCCACUCUCAAGCUGGAUCGUUGAAAUCACAAACAUUCCAAGUUACAUCUGGAACAUCCUGUAACUUUUCACCAACAGCAUCCUCUCCUCCACCGCCAACUUCACCGUUUUCGCCAACUACCAGCGCCCCUGCGGUUACAAGUGGUGGCGGAGGAUCGGCAUCCAGUGCCCCUGCUGCUACAAGUGGUGGAACAGGAUCGGCAUCCAUUGCCCCUGCCAGUGCUCCUAUUGGAAUUCAAUAUGUUCCAGCCAGUGCAGCCGAUUGCGACGCAAUUCGUAGUGGAAACAUUGUCAUUGGACAAAGCGCCAUGACAAGCCAGACCUUCUACGUUGUCUUCUCCCUUGGAGUCUAUGGUCCAGCACUCGGGGCCGAAAGAGUGGCUGAUCUCGUGAAAAAUGCAUUCCAGAAUUUGAUUGGAACUAGCCUUGUGAAUUGUUCGCACAGACGAAAGCUCAUGCAGUAUGUCCAGAGACAUCACCAGAACAAUAGACGUCAUCACAAGCACAGACACCAUCACCACAAACACAGAAUGCUGGAGCAGUCACUUCCAGAUGGUCGACGAAGACUGACCUUGGAGGCGAAUGUCAUUGGAAAUGUUCUUUUCACCAUCGACUGUAUUACCUCUGAUUGCCAACCUGGCAUGGCAGGAUGUUUCGAGUGCACAGCAACUAUCGAUGUGUUCAUGAAGGGACCAGCACUCGUCGUCGACAUUGCAGAGGCGCUAACCGGUCACCUCAACGACCCCAACUUGAUUGCCGAUGCUGCUUUGGAUAGCUUCGUGGAGGACGGAACGGUGGCAGAGGUGGCAUAUAUCCGAAGUGGAGAUGUCACAUACAUCACUGAAAACCCAACAUCUGGGCCUACAGCUGGGCCAACCUCUGGACCAACAUCCGCACCUUCUCCUGCUCCAACAUCCGCACCUACCUCUGGACCAACAGCCGCUACCCCAGUGCCAACAUCCGCACCUACCUCUGGUCCAACAUCCGGACCCACCUCUGGACCAACAGCCGCUACCCCCGUGCCAACGUCCGGGCCUACCUCUGGGCCUACCGUCGCUACCCCCGUGCCAACGUCCGGGCCUACCUCUGGGCCUACCGUCGCUACCCCCGUGCCAACGUCCGGGCCUACCUCUGGACCUUCGCUUGCACCUGAUGAUGAGGGCGACAAGGGUCCAGAUGAUACAGGUGGUGAUCCAAACACACCUGGGGAUGCAGGAACGAACGGUGAUCCACACUUCAAAUCAUGGAACGGUGACCAUUUCGAGUUCCACGGACAGUGUGACUUGGUUUUGGCCAAGGAUGCAAACUUUGCUGAUGGACUGGGAUUGCAUGUUCAGAUUCGCACCAAGCUUGUUCGGUAUUGGAGUUACAUCAAGAGCGCCGCCAUCCAUAUCGGGGAUGAUAUCCUUGAAGUUCAAGGAUCGGCUGAUACGGAAGAUAUUGGAUCUGCCCACUUCUGGUACAAUUUGGAGUACCAAGGCAAGAUGGAUACCGUUGGUGGAUUCCCUGUCAAGGUCCGCAUUGAUAAUGGACCAAGACGCAAACAUAUCUUCGAAAUUGACUUGAGCUCGAUGUACCCCGGCCACAAGAUUAUGAUUGAUACCAUGAAGGAAUUUGUUAAGGUCGAUUUCGUCCAUUCUUCCAAUCAAGCCUUUGGCAACACUGUCGGUAUGUUGGGAGACUUCAAGUCUGGAAAGAAGCUUGCUCGUGACCAAACUACGGUGAUUGCCGACUUUAACGAACUUGGUAACGAGUGGCAAGUCCUCCCAUCAGAUGACAUGCUGUUCCAUGACGUCUCUUAUCCUCAGUUCCCUGAACGGUGCUUGCUUCCUGAAGAUCCUCAAGGAAAGCGCCGCCAACUUAUGGAAGGUUCGAUCAGCGAAGAACAAGCCGAAAAAGCAUGUGCUCAGUUGAAGGACCCCUUGUCUAUCAAGGAUUGUGUGUAUGAUAUCUUGGCGACUCAAGACAUGGACAUGGUAGGAGCCUACUAA